AGUACGUGCCUGAGUACAUAAUAUCUGGCGACGAGAAUGGCGGCGAACGCGAGUAUAGGUCUCUUGGGUUGAAUAGAGCCGUAUGACUCAACAACGGAUUGGCUAGCAUACGAAGAGAGAAUGGACCAGUUUUUGUUGGCAACAGGAAACGGAGAAGACAACGCGAAAAAGGUGGCGGUAUUUCUAACAGUGAUUGGAGCUGAAACGUACACUCGCUGCUUCGCGAUUUGGUGCACCCAGAGAAGCCGUCGACACUUACAUACGGGGAAUGGACUACCAAAUUGAGAGAGCACUUCCAACCUAGCCGCAUUGUCGUAGCUGAAAGAUUUAAGUUUCAUGCGCGCAAACAACAGCAAGGAGAGCCAGCCGCACGUUUUCUGGCAGAAUUAAGGAGGCUGAGUGAACACUGGGAAUUUGGUGGAUUCAAGGAUGAGGCAUUGAGGGACCGUUUUGUCUGUGGGUUACGCAGUGAAUCAAUGCAAAGGAAAUUGUUGGCAGAAGACAACCUACCCCUCAAUACAGCAUUCAAGAAAGUGCAAGCCAUGGAGGUAGCAGAGCUACAAGCCAGCAAACUGCAGCAAGCUGCUGGAGUAAAGGAGGAUUGUGAAAGCCCACAUCAGCAGUACACCAACUUAAAUCACAGGGAAAAAUCAAGGAGACCAGAGUCGGAAGAAAUACAAAAAGCAGCCAACCGCAAAAGGCAGGGUAAUUCAUUCAGUCGUAGUGCAUGCUGGCGGUGUGGAAAAACACAUCACAAACGGAAAGAGUGUCUCAAGUGCCAUAAAACUGGUCAUAUGGCAAAAAUGUGUAAUUCAAGAAUUAGAACCGCUCAGCAUGUGUCAGGAGACCAAUCGAGUAGUGAAGAUGAAGGGGUCGCAUACCAACAAACAAUAUAUCGAACUGGUCAAUGUGGUGCUAAAAUAGAAGCAUGGAAAGUGAGGGUCAUAGUGAAUGAUAGAGAAGUGGAAAUGGAACUUGAUACAGGCGCAUCAAACACCAUACUGUCUUCGAACACAUAUUACAAACUGUGGGCAAGUGAGAAGCGUGCCAAGUUACAUCACACGACGACUCGUCUGAGAGCAUAUGGAGGCCAUAACAUUAAAGUGCUGCGGUCUAUUCAAGUGACAGUGGAAACUAACUAAGGCAGGGCAGGAACCCAAGCAUGUCUCCAUGUUAGUUGAAGGAAGAGGACCUGAUUUAUUGGGCAGAGAUUUGUUGUCCUCUUUACGACUGAAUUGGAAGAGAGUUUGCAGAGUGGGGAAUCCGUUUGAUGAAGUGGUGGCUAGGUAUCCAGAAGUUUUCAGUGAAGGAUUGGGUAUGUAUAAAGGGGAGCCAGCAAAAAUACAUGUAGAUGUAUCCGUGAAACCACUGUUUUGCAAAGCCUGAUCAGUGCCAUAUGCCUUAAGAGAUUUGGUCAACAAUCAACUGGACAAAAUGGAGUCACAGGGUGUGAUCAGCCCAGUUAAGAGUGCGGAGUGGGCUGCACCCUUUGUGUCCGUACUGAAGGACGGGGCACAAGCGUUAGAAUUUGUGGUGACUAUAAACAAACAGUCAAUCGAGCAACAGAAGUGGAACAGUACCCAAUUCCAAGGAUUGAAGAUCUCUUCGCGUCAUUGACAGGAGGAGAAUCGUUUACCAAGUUGGAUUUGUCACAAGCGAACAACCAAAUCCCUCUAGACAAAGAAUCGAAGAGAUUGACAACAAUCAACACACCAAAAGGAUUGUUUGAGUUCAACAGAUUACCGUUUGGGAUAGCGUCUUCGGCAGCAAUGUUUCAAAGAACCAUGGAGGCGCUGCUAAAAGGAAUACCUAGAGUUGCAGUAUUUCUAGAUGAUGUGUUGAUUACAGGAAAAACAGAAGACAAACACCUACAAAAUCUUGAGAAAGUAUUGCAACGUUUAAAUGAAGCAGGGCUGAAAGUGAAACCACAGAAGUGUGUAUUCAAUACGAAGUCGGUUGUUUAUCUGGGCCAUCAGAUUGAUAGAGAGGGGCUACACCCAACAGAGGAAAGGUUAAAGCGCUGAAGAGAGCACCAAGGCCACGAAAUGUCACUGAGUUGAAGAGUUUUCUAGGUCUGAAGACGUAUCAUGGCAAGUUUAUCUGUUAUUGACACUGUUGGCUCCUUUACAUGAGCUAUAGCCUCAAAGUUCCAGACCGUCUCCCAAAAGAAAUGGGAGACGGUCUGGAUCAACUUCUGAUCAAACAGAGUUCGGAAGUGAUCCGAGUCAGCCAAUCAGCAAGCUG